CUUGAAGAAUCAUUAAUUAAGAGUGUGCGUCUCUAGCCCUUGCAGGCACACUACACAGGGAGCGAGUGGAUUUGGAGCGCGGUCAUCGCGGAUGCGAGGCUGGAGGGACACCUGCGCCUUUAAAAGGCCACAUACAGCGAUGAUGUCAGCUGAUCCCUUUAGGAUCUCACUGAUUUCCGCACACUACGGGUCUCUGCAGGACGUUUCCGCACAUUUUCUUUCGACCGUGGGGUGAUUUGGUGUGCGUUUGGACGCGCCUGGAUCAGGUGUGGAGCGAUGAUGGACACGGAUGUCUGUAGUGCGUCAUGAAGGCAGCACACACAGGCCGCGCUGGUGUCGUCUGUUUGGGUUUAUUAGCUCGUCUUGUUGGAAACGUGACUGAUGCAGACUGAUUUUUUUAUUUGUUAUGUGAAUAAUCUUAUUUUGCAGCUGGGAUUUUGCACUUCGGCUGGGAAGCACUGCUGAGCUGGGACCAUUUCCUUUAAUCGUGGGCUGUUAUAGUCAAAUCAGCUGGAUUAAAGCUUCUGUUUUUACCUUCUCUUCCACAGUGGGUGAAUGCAUUUAGUGCAAUAGGCCUCUGCUGUCACGCCUGGUGUGAUCUGGAGCCCCUUCUGGUGCUGUAAACACUGCUUUAGCUAUAGGCUGUCUGGGGAAAUUAGGUUUUCCAUUUGCUUGUGUUCCCCCCCCUCCCUAAUAGAACACUGUACUAGAUACAUUUCUGAAGGGUUGUGCUGGCUCCAUAGUGAGCUGGACCUCCUGGCCUGACCAUGUUCGCUCCUGAUGCGGCAGCUGGAGCUGGGUACUCCUCGGGCACCAUGGCGGAGAAGGAUGCCAGUCAGGAGACCACCCUGGGAAGUGCGUACUCGCCGGUGGACUACAUGAGCAUCACCAGCUUUCCCCGCUUACCUGAGGAUGACGCCAUUUCCGGCGAGAACACCCUGAAGUCCCGCCGAGACGAUGAUAACUUCCUGAGCGAGCAGGACACAGACCCUGACCUGUUCCUGAAGUCUGCACGCCUGCAGCGUCUGGCCUCCUCGGCCUCGGACCUGGCCAGUCAGGACCUUUCUCCGCUGAGGGAGACACGGCAAGAUCCAUUCGGUCAGGAGUGCGCCUGCACGCGGGACGGCCUGACUGUCAUCAUCACGGCCUGCCUGACCUUUGCCACAGGGGUCACCGUUGCUCUCAUCAUGCAGAUCUACUUCGGGGACCCUCAGAUAUUUAACCAGGGCGCUGUGGUGACAGACGUGGCACGCUGUACAUCUCUGGGCUUUGACGUGCUCGGACAACAGGGCUCCAGUGUGGAUGCUGCUAUAGCUGCUGCCCUCUGCCUGGGCAUUAUUCACCCCCACGCCUCGGGAAUCGGAGGUGGUGGCGUCAUGCUGGUCCACGACAUUCGGAAAAACGAGAGCCGAGUCAUUGACUUUCGUGAAACGGUGCCCUCUGGCCUCCGGGAGGAGAUGCUGCUGAACCUAGAGCAGAAGCCUGGUCUGCUGGUAGCUGUUCCGGGCAUGCUCAGUGGACUCCAUCAGGCUCACCAGCUCUAUGGAAAAAGGCCAUGGAAAGAGGUCAUCGCCAUGGCCGCAGAUGUGGCCAGGAAUGGAUUCAACAUUACUCAUGACCUGGCGGAUGCACUGUCUAAAAUAAAAGACCAGAAUGUUUCGGAGGCUUUCCACGAGCUGUUCCUGCCCGAUGGUCAGCCUCCUCUCUCGGGCCUCUUCACCAGACGCCUCGACCUUGCGCUCAUUUUGGACAGGGUCGCCGCUAAUGGGAUCGCUGAGUUUUACAGCGGAAACCUGAGUCAGGAAAUGGCAUCUGCGGUUUAUUCCAGUGGUGGAGUCCUGACUGAGGAGGAUUUUAGUAAUUACACUACAGUCCUACAGCAGCCAGUACAGAGCCUCUACCAGGGUCACCAGGUAAUGGCUGCUCCGCCCCCCCACGCUGGAUCUGCUCUCCUGACUGCCCUCAACAUCCUGGAAGGCUACAACAUCACCAGCCAGGCACAGAAGAACAGCACCCACCACUGGAUAGCUGAGACUCUGAAAAUUGCCUUGUCACUGGCCAGUGGGCUCGGAGACCCCAUGUAUGACCCCUCUGUCUCUGAAGUUUUGGCUCAGAUGCUAAGUAAAACCCAGGCUGGUGUGUUCCGGCAGAUGAUUAAUGACUCUUACGCAUCUUCUCCUGGACACUACACCCCUGGCUAUGCGCUGGAGGAGGGAGCAGUGGCCAGUCAGGUUAUGGUCAUGGGUCCAGAUGACUUCAUUGUGUCUGUUAUGAGCUCUCUGAAUCAGCCUUUUGGAAGCCGCAUCGUAACUCCCUCUGGAAUCCUCCUGAACAGUCAAAUUCUGGACUUCUCCUGGCCCAACAAAAGCCACGGAUCAGCCCCACCAAACCCGCGUAACAGUAUCAAGCCAGGAAAGAGGCCACUCUCAUUUCUGGUGCCCACAGUGGUCAGACCCUCUCUGGGCCUCUGUGGGACUUAUGUAGCUCUGGGGUCCUCCAACAGUGACCGGGCCCUCAGCGGCAUCACACAGGUGCUGAUGAAUGUUUUAUCACUGCAUAAAAACCUGAGUGACAGCCUGACGUACGGCAGGCUUCACCCUCAGCUGCAGCCCAACACUCUGCUGGUGGACGCUGAGUUUCUGAAGGAGGAUGUGGAGGCCCUCAAACAGAAAGGCCACGAAGUGGAGAGAGUGGACGUUAUAUCGCUGGUGGAGGGCACCAGAAGGACCAAUGACCUCAUCAUUGGAGUGAAGGACCCCCGCAGUGCAGAUGCAUCUGCGCUUACCAUGUCUAUGUCCAUGCCCUAGUAGAAGCCUGUGUGGGGGGAAAGUUAAUCUUAGUGCAAUAAACCGAAUAUGAGAUUUUUUUGUGAGUGGAGACCUGUGAGGGAAGAAGGAAAACACUGUAUACCCUCGUAGUGCAUCAUAGAUAUCAAAUAAUUCAGAUCAUCAAGUCAGUUGGAAUAUUUUACACAUUCUGUGAUCCAACCACUGACAGCAAUCAAAACUAGCCAUUCCAGUACGAUAUUUUGAAAGGCCAUAUCAUGGAAAUUGUUUGAAGUAAAAUGUAAACACUAUUUCUAAAUGUACUAUUUACUCACAAGUCUGUACAAUCCAUAUAUGGAAACUAUACUGCAAAAAUUGUUCCUCUGAUGUCACACGAACCAAACCAGUUACAUAUAUCCUCCUAUUAAGCCUACAUCAGUUUAGCCCUGUCCAUUCAUUCACUUCUGAGGGGUGAGUCGAAGUUGGCAAGGGCACAUUAGAAGAAAAAAAGGAUUGAAACUGAGCCUAGGCAUCCUGGAGUGCAACUGAAGAUUUUUUUCUGAAAUUACAAAUGGUUGGGUUUGUGGUUUUUGGGGGUUAUUUUGUUAGAUGGCCUGCAUGGCCACACAAAUCUGAGCCAAACCCGUCUGUGUAGCUCUGUACCAAGUCAGUUUAACAAUAUAAACCAAUACAAAUCUUGACGUCAGAAUUGAAAAUCAUAUUUUACCUAAAGAUGUUACAUGCUUAGUAAUUAAGGGUAGAAUUUUGACUGAAAACAGUCCGAAAGUGGAUGGUGUCAGCACGUAUCUGCUUUGGAGAGUGGACUGUAAAUACACAACCACCAUUUAAAUACACAUGCACAUCCGGAAUGCCACCAAGCUACAUAUCUUCCAGGCUGCAAAUAAGUUAGGGCUGCAUAACAUGUACCACACGCUAACGCUAUUAAAUCAGUGAUAUUGCAGUGAUUACUAUACAUCUGGUUCCUACUGCAUUAUUUUGAACAAAUGACGUUUGUUGCAUUACGUGAACUCUGUGAUUGACCAAAACACUCAAAAACUCAUCUGGGGCUGUGAUUGGUCAGGAUGCUCACAGCACACAGUAAAAAUAACCCACUGUGAUUGAUUAGAGGGCUCAUUUGCAGUAGUAAGGGCAGAGCCAGUUUAAGGGAAGCCUGGCUGCUUCCUAUUUCUCACAAUGUAUAAAAAAUAUUGACAACAUGACAAACAUGACAUGCAAGAUGCCUGCGAUCAUGAAUGACGGCGAAUAGAGCGAAAAGGCUAAAAAUGAACGUAGACGGCUGUAUUUCAUAAAAAAAGUAUAUUUCCGUUUUUCUGCAGCAGGUUAUGGGCCGUAGGCUACUGAGUGCUGAUAGGUUAGCAUUACUGCUACUGAGGGCUGAUUGGUUAGCAUUACUGCUACUGAGUGGUGAUUGGUUAGCGUUACUGCUACUGAGUGCUGAUUGGGUAACGUCACUGCUACUGAGUGCUGAUUGGGUAACGUCACUGCUGCUGAGUGUUGAUUGGGUAACAUUACUGCUACUGAGUGUUGAGUGGUAAUUGGUUAGCACUACUGCUACUCAUUGCUGAUUGGUUGGCAUUACUGAGUGCUGAUUGGUUAUCAUUACUGCUACUGAGUGCUGCUUGUUUAGCACCAUUCAUUUUUCCCACAGUGGAAAACUGCUGGAGUUCCUCAUAUGGGCUUGACGCUGACAAUUAAAUGACACAUGACCUCAGAGGUCUAUUGCAAAGGCUAAUGUCAUGAUAAUGAUUAAUGAACAUAUAUUAUGCAGCCUUACUAUGAGUGUUCACUUAACUGUUGCCAUCUACACUACAAUUUUAAUAUGCUUUUGGUAUCACCCACUGUGGAUGCUGUACAUUGUAUGACCUUUUUAGCUUGUGCACCCAGUCAAACUGGACACAUUAGUUACAAAAACCUUCAUUAGUUAACAAAUGUGUGCUGUGGUUUAGUUUAAAGCAGUCAUGUGGAAUAUUUAUAUAGUUUUAUUUAUUUUAUUUCUAUUUUAUUGCUUAACCCGUUAAAUGGCCAGGGCCCACCAAUGUUUUACUACACACUUCUAUAACCUAUAGAAUAGCUCAGUUCAGUUUGCAUUGAAGUCCCUGUAGUCUGAAUAAUAAGCCUUAGUAUGUAAAAAGCCGGAGAUUUUAAGGGGUUAAACUUUCUAGACUGAGUGUCCACGUCGCAAGUUACUGACCAGAUCCAUAGAUCCAUAUUGUAUAGUCAUAUUUGGCUUUCAUGUCUAGGGCUGGGUAUGAGAAAAAAGUCACGUUCAAACAAGGGGCUGGGCAGACCGCUGUUGCAGUGAUGGCCAGAGUGAAAUGUUUGUGUAUGUUAACUCAUUAUUUAUUGGUGAUUUUUGUAGUUUUGUUCUUGUAUUUUGAUGUUGAGCUGAUGAACAUUAGCAUAGACUGAAACAUCAAUGAUUAACUGACCUGCUUUGUUUUAGGGAAUGUACUGUAUUGUUGAAUGUACAAAAAAUGUUUUUCAUUUAUUGAUUUAAUAUUUUUGGUCUGUGUUAUAGCAUGUUUGAUUUGUGAACAUUAGCACUUUUUGGGGAUUUUUUUUAUGCUAAUUCUAUUGUAAAACAGCCCUGAAUUUGUGAAAGACUGUUCCAGUGAAAUAAUAUUAUUAUUAUUAUUAUGUACACAUUCAGUGAACAUUGAUGCUUUUAAGGGAAAAUGUUACACUUUUGUAUGCAGCGUUGUGUAGUGGUCAGCUGUUUAACAGCAUAUUGCAUUUUUUUCACAGUGAUACUCAACUUAUAACACGGUAAUAACACAAUCAAAGUGGCAUGAGCUGCACUUGGCCAGUUGAAGUUUUGUAUGGUCUUGUAAUCCUGCUUGAAUUUUGCCUUCCUGAUUGCACAGUGACUGUUUCUUUUGUAUUGCGAGUGUUUGUGUGGACCAAAUGAAGAAGCAUAAAUGUUUAUUAUAACUUUAAUGGUAAUUUACCUGUAAUUAUUGUUUUUUUUCUGGACUACAUCCAUGUUCAAGCAGUUCCAGUAACAGUACAGUACAGUAACAGUCAUGCAUUUGCUACUGCAGGCCAGCAUUAUGUUCAGACUGUCUGCAAAUUUCACUGUUGCGAAAAUAAAGGCUUUCACUGAACUGUU